UAAUCAUUAUGUAAGUUUCAAGCUAUAAAACACAUAAAAUCAAUUUUACAUAUCAAUAUAAAGAUGAUUUUCAAAGUGGUAAAAAAGAAAUGUCACGUGAGUAUCCGAGAUUUGUACGUGACUUCAACUUACAGCCAUAUUGUUUUUGUUGCUGAAAAUCAAUUAUAAUUGCAUGUUUUUCGUCAUAUAUGAGCAUGAUCAAAUAAUAAAACAAUAAACAAUACAAAGAAGAGGAUAUGAAGAAUAUAUAAGUUUAGUGAACAGUGCAUUAUAAGAUUGCAUUUUUGAAAUAAAAGCCGUAAAAGUUCUGAAAAUUUAUUACGGAAGUAAUUUUUUAAUUUUUUGAAAAUAGCAUGUCAACUCUACCGACUGCAGUUAAUUCCGCUCCUCCCCCGGGGAAGCGGAAAGAAAUAUAUAAGUAUGAGGCUGCCUGGAAUAUCUAUAGUAUGAACUGGAGUGUGCGUCCUGAUAAACGAUUUCGACUUGCUGUGGGGAGCUUCGUCGAGGAAUACAACAAUAAGGUUCAGAUAGUAUCUCUCGAUGAAGAAACUUCAGAUUUUGCAGCCAGAAGUACAUUUGACCACCCAUACCCUACUACCAAAAUUAUGUGGAUUCCUGAUAGUAAAGGAGUAUUUCCUGACCUGCUUGCCACAAGUGGUGAUUAUUUAAGGGUCUGGCGAGCCAUAGAUACAGAAACUAGAUUAGAAUGUCUACUAAAUAAUAAUAAGAAUUCUGAUUUCUGUGCACCUCUCACAUCAUUUGACUGGAACGAGGUUGAUCCGAACCUACUAGGGACUUCAAGCAUUGACACAACAUGUACUAUAUGGGGCCUUGAGACAGGACAGGUGCUUGGACGGGUUCAUCAGCUUGUGUCUGGCCAUGUGAAGACACAACUCAUAGCCCAUGACAAAGAGGUCUAUGAUAUAGCAUUCAGUAGAGCUGGAGGAGGUAGAGACAUGUUCGCUAGCGUUGGUGCUGAUGGUUCAGUGAGGAUGUUUGAUCUGCGACACCUGGAGCACUCAACUAUAAUAUAUGAGGACCCCCAGCACCACCCAUUGUUAAGACUGGCCUGGAAUAAACAAGAUCCUAACUACUUAGCCACAAUGGCUAUGGAUGCAAUGGAGGUAAUAAUCUUAGAUGUGCGUGUACCAUGUACUCCAGUGGCAAGGCUCAACAACCAUAAAGCCUGUGUUAACUUUAUCUCCUGGGCACCUCAUUCUAGCUGCCACAUAUGUACUGCAGCGGACGAUCAUCAAGCAUUAAUAUGGGACAUUCAACAAAUGCCACGAGCAAUAGAGGACCCUAUACUAGCAUAUACUGCAUCUGGAGAGAUCAAUCAGGUACAGUGGUCAACCACUCAACCAGACUGGAUAGCUAUUGGUUAUAACAACUGCCUGGAGAUUCUCAGAGUGUGACAGUGACAAUGGUACAUGCAAUCUCCAAGCAUAGAUAGCUGUCGGCUAUAACAAUUGCCAAGCAUGGAUAGCUAUCAGCGACAUUGAUCUCCAAGUAUAGAGUGCUAUAGGUUAUAACAACUGCCUGGAGAUACUGAGAGAUGACAGGGAAUGGUGCAUGUAUCUCCAAGCAUAGAUUUUAUGCAAAAUAUUUUCUUGUUUGCUGCAGCUGGAGAAAUAAAGCCAAAUGAUUUUCAGUUGGGGAAUCUCUAAGAAUCAUUUGUCAUCGAUAAGAAAAUGUUUGUAUGUUUACUGCAUCCCAAGGGGUGGUAAAGGAACUUU